GGUUCUUCAGAUCUGUGCCUGGUUUGUGAAUCACUUACCCUCCUUUUUCUCCUCCCAGGUGCUGUGCUCUCUUUUCCUUGCCAUGACUCCUGCCAAGCAUGGUGCCAGAUCAUCAAUGUGUCUGAAUCACGCUCUUCUCUCCUCGCCUCUAUGGACAGGACUCUCAAUGAAACAAUCCAAAGCAUCUCAACACCUGCUGGAAGCAAAUACCAGCUUUAUGUUGGCUUGGCUUUGGCAAUAGGUUCCAGUAUCUUUAUUGGUUCUAGUUUCAUACUAAAGAAGAAAGGACUUCUGAAACUGGCAGACAAAGGAGUCCCCCGAGCUGGACAGGGUGGAUAUUCUUAUCUGAAGGAAUGGCUUUGGUGGGCUGGAUUGCUUUCAAUGGGAUUAGGAGAAGCUGCAAACUUUGCUGCCUACGCCUUUGCACCUGCCACUUUAGUUACCCCCUUGGGUGCACUGAGUGUUCUCAUAAGCGCUAUAUUGUCAUCCUAUUUUUUAAAUGAGAAACUGAAUAUUCAUGGAAAGCUGGGCUGUGUACUGAGCAUUUUGGGGUCAACAGUCAUGGUUAUUCAUGCCCCUGAGGAGGAGGAGGUCACCUCGCUAGAUGAGAUGGAAAGAAAGCUGCAAGAUCCAGUGUUUGUUACAUUUGCUGUUCUCCUAACAGUUGUUGCCCUCGUGCUGAUUUUUGUUGUGGCUCCAAGGAGAGGUCAGACAAAUAUACUGAUCUACAUUUUAAUUUGCUCACUCAUUGGUGCAUUCUCUGUCUCAUCUGUGAAAGGCUUGGGCAUUGCCAUUAAACAAAUGCUGGAGCAGAAGCCAGUUUAUCGACAUCCAUUGGUUUACAUUUUGGUCGGCAUCUUAGUGCUUUCAGUCAGCACUCAGAUCAACUAUCUCAACAAAGCAUUGGAUGUGUUCAAUACAUCUCUAGUGACACCUAUUUAUUAUGUGUGUUUUACCACAACGGUUGUGACAUGCUCCAUCAUCCUGUUCAAGGAGUGGAGUAGUAUGGACCCGGGUGAUAUCAUUGGAACUCUGAGCGGAUUCUGCAGCAUCAUCAUUGGCAUUUUUCUAUUGCAUGCUUUCAAAAAUACUAAUAUCACCUGGAGUCAGUUGAUGUCCAAUGUUGCCAAAGAACCAUCAUUACACUGUGAAUAUGAAACUUGUCACACUUCACUGGAGAGCAUGGAAGACCCAGCUUUGGUGUAUGAGGAGGACAAUGUUUUAUUCAGUCAAUGAAGCUUUCAUGUCACAUUUGUCACUGAAGUAUCAUGAAUUGCAGAUUCAGUCCACCUGUGUCUACCAGAAUGCUCUUCUUUUCUGCAAUCCUCUGGAAAACUAUGUAAGUUGAGCAUGGGCCACUCCUCUGUGUGCAGCUGUUGGUAGUAAGGAAUGGAAAUGUCCAGUAAUUAACAUGACAGACAGAAACGUGAUGGUGACUGUAUGUUAGGCAGUGGAAAAUCUCACCCUUUUUUAUGCAGCAUCUCCUAUUGGAGAAUUUUAGCAAAAAGAAUGGCCUUUGUAAAAAAUGUUUACAAAGAGCAA